ACACAGAUCACAGACAUCAUGGCGGACGUAUUAGAUCUUCAUGAAGCUGGAGGCGAAGACUUUCCUAUGGACGAGGAUGGUGAUGAGAGCAUCCACAAGCUGAAAGAAAAAGCAAAGAAGAGAAAGGGUCGCGGUUUUGGUUCUGAGGAAGGUGCGAGGUCCAGAGUGAGAGAGGACUAUGACACAGUCGAGCAGGACGGAGAUGAGCCUGGCCCACAGAGAUCUGUUGAAGGAUGGAUUCUGUUUGUUACUGGAGUCCAUGAGGAGGCCACUGAAGAAGACAUCCAUGACAAAUUUGCAGAGUACGGAGAAAUCAAGAAUUUACAUUUAAACUUGGACAGAAGAACAGGCUACCUGAAGGGAUAUGCACUGGUGGAAUACGAGACAUAUAAGGAAGCACAGGCUGCCAUGGAAGGGCUGAAUGGCCAAGACUUAAUGGGUCAACCAAUCAGUGUAGACUGGGGCUUUGUGAGGGGACCACCCAAAAGCAAAAGGAGGGGUGGACGAAGACGCAGUCGGAGUCCUGAUAGAAGGCGGCGCUGAUCUAAUUAUAUGUCUGCCACAUCUUCUGUCAACUAUGUGAAUCAGUCAUGAGUGCAAAAACCGGUGUUAACUGCAUUAUAGGCCUCUAAAUCUCUGUACAGAGUAAUUUUACUGCUCUUUCCCUGGUGCAUUCUGUGUUCCUCCUAUCUCUUUCUCUGGAUUUUCUCUGUUGGAUUGUUGGGUUAGCCUGGCUUUCGCCUUGAAGUAAUGUUUUUCUUUUUUGUAAUGGAGAAUAGCAGGACCUGCUAUAGAAUUGAAAAGCUAGAGACCCUAUCUGAACUGUAUUUUGGUUCCUUGUUUUACAGAUUUUGUACAAUAUUCAUAUUUUGAACAUUCAUGCAGGUGCCCUUGACGUUACUAUAGCCGAAAUUUAAACCUACAAGCUCAGUCAUUUGUUUUUGAUGGUGGUGAUUUGUACCUUUCCAAUAAAUGGUUUGAAUCAAGAA